GGAAUCCCUAGAACGGCGCCUGCGUCGAUUCGCGGACAACGACGGGAACGGAAUCGCCGGGCCAGCACGGGCAACGAUAACGAACACGCGCGAACGCGUGCAGCUGCGGGACAACUGGUACCGCGCUGGUACCAGUCGGUCAGACGUACGACACUGUUAGUACGCGGACACCGUGCAUACUGGACAGGUUGUGCCGUCCCGCGGACGGUCAGGUGAUACGCGACCGGUGCGUGCACGCUCGCGACGCUGUGGGCCCGCCUUAAGGCUUUCUAACCGCAGCCUCCUCGCGACGCGUCGCGACCAGCCAUCGCCGAAGAAAUCGCUGCUACGCGAGCCGUGGCCUCGCCGUCUCGGCCGAUCUCCCUCCUUCUCCAACUUCUUGACCCCUCCACCUCUUCCGCCGUUCACCUGGACCAGGAAGGGGCCCUGACGCCCUCCCCCACCCCGCGCACCUGUGGUUGGAACGAGCGGGCCGGCAGGAAUCCUGGGUCCUGACCGCGUGGGUCCCAUGGCCAUGGGACCGGUACCCACUUCGAGGGAUUAGGACCCGAGUUGGGGAAUUUUUUCGGACGAGGGUUUAACUCUAUGGCCUCCUUGUAGGGAAUUCCAAUGUGUCCCUUUUUUUUAUGGAUAGUUCGAUAUUUUUUGGAGGCAGGUUUCCUUGUGUCGUGGAUGGGUCUGUAUUUCUUUUUUUUUUUGUAGGAUGAAAUAUGGGGAAUUUCUUGUUCCUUUUAUGGAUUCUUCUGGAAUUGGUGUUUUGUGUUGAGAGCACUUUGGAUGUAGGAUGAAUUUUGUGGCUUUUUUUGUGGUGGAUUAUGAGGUGGCCCUUUUGUAUGGAUAGUGCAAUAUUUUUUGGAGGGAGAGGAGAAAUAAAACAUGGGCAUUUGUUGCUGUUUUCAUGAAUUUAUCUUGAAUUUUUAUAUUUUGUCUUGAGAGGCUUUGGAGUAAAAAUUUGAUUCACUCGCUAUCGAGUAUUACGUGUUUGCGACGUAUCGUGGCAAAACGACGUCAUGCAGAGAAUCCACGAUCGUACGUGACGACGAUAGAGUUGAUGAAACGUGAAAUAAACGUUGGACGGCUAAGAGUAUUUUCUGGUUUAUCUACCUGAAGCGUCGAUUCGGCACGAACGUUGUUUAAAAAGCAUUGUAAAUUCGAAAAUGAUGCGUCAUUCCUAGGUGCAGAGGUGAGAAAAUAAGGACCUCAUAAGAUCAGAAUAAAAUCUACUAAUGUUUCUAGUACGAAGCUUCUUCUCUCCUGAACGUAUGCAACAUGCAAGCAGUGUUGCACAGAAUCGUCUAUCUGCAGGCACUCGUACAGUUUCCUGAAACACUGUGUUCUUUAAUAAAAAUUAAUUAUUAUUGAAUACUAAAAGCGAAGUCAAGUUAUAUAUUAAAAUUGAUUGUCAAUAGAACAGUCCUAAUUCAAACAUCAAAAAUAAAAGUGAAUAUAAAUAUAGACACAGAAGCAUGAAUGGAAUACUAAUAUGAAAAAGAAAAUGCAAACAAAAACAAACAUAAAUAAAAUGAACAUAAAUAAAUGAAGAACAAAAUCAAUCACCGAGUGAAACAUCGUAAAUAAAAUUGUAUAAAAAUAUGAAUCCCGAAGCAAGAAUAAAAGCACGAAAAACGAAACACGAACAAAAAUUAACCGAAAUGUCUCGGAAAUGAAAAGGAAUGAAACGACGGUGCCGGGACGCAACGGCGAUUAUCGCGACAGAAAUAUUUCGAAAAUGCUCGAACUUUCACCUUACCCGCAUUUCGGUCGCGCAAUUAACUUGUCCAGUACAGAGACGUCCGACGCACAAACGCUGGCUCCCUCGAUGGUAAUUAACGCGACGUUAGCGGCCGCACUUAAGUGCACUAAAAUCGGUUUCGGCUCAGGAAUGUUCAUCGACCCGCCUAAUCGCCCGACAGAUCGCCGACGGACCCCAAAAGUCUCCUCGAUGGUCAAACAUCGAAAGACGGUUCCAACAUGCGGGCAUAUCUUCUAUUUCCGUCUAUAAAAGCCCCUGCGUCGCUGAAGAGAGCUUUAGUCUUCCAGCAACCACCUUCAGGGUGACACGUGUUCGAUGGUGUUCAAGUAUCGGCAAUGCUAGCGUUGAGAAUCUAGACCUGAUCUAACUUUCGAGGCGAUCGAGUGCGGAAUUCUUCGUUAAAUACUAAGUAUCGAGGUCCAAGGUCGUCGAGGGACACAACCAUGAAGCCAACAACGAUAAUAACGAUGCUUCUUGGACUGGUUUAUUCUUCGUUCGCGUUGGAACUGAGUCGACUCUUCUGGAACCAAUCGCCAACGACACCAGACGAUGCUCAAGUGAUAGAGAUCGUCAGGUGGCGUCAACCCAUCUGCGUGGUACCUGACGAAGGAGUCUUGCCCUGUUCUCACACCCUGAGGAAAUUCCAGGUGGAGUACGAGCGAUUCAACGGCAAAACUCUGGACGAAAGGACGGCGGAACGCUCGAGGGUUGAUCUGGAACCAAGCAUUCCAGCCAUGGAUGAAGAAAGCACCAUUGAACUGAUUGUCCCAGGAAUCGAUGCACCAGCGCCUGCGAGUAACUCUAAUGGAGACUCAAAAGGAUUCUCAGAAGGAUUCUCAGAAGGGAAUAUGUCAGAGUUCCACUUGGAGAAGAAGAAGAAGUUAGGAUUAGAUGAAGAAGUUAGGAUUAAAUUGACACCCCCAGAAGUCGAAGCAGCGAGUAACCCUGGGUCCCCUGAAGUCCCAGAGGGAUUCUCAGAAGGGAAUUCUUCACAGUUCCACCUGGAGACAUCAGAAUCAGCAGAUGAAGAAUUUAGGAUUAAAUUAACACCCCCAGAAGUCGAAGCAGCGAGUAACCCUGGGUCCCCUGAAGUCCCAGAGGGAUUCUCAGAAGGGAAUUCUUCACAGUUCCACCUGAAAACGCCAGAAUUAACUCGGGACCAAGGGAAGAGUAUCAGAACAGCCAGACGUUUCUCUCCAGGAAGUUCCUCUUCAAAGCUGCAUAAGAUUUACGUCACCAAGGUCCUGGAGUCGCCGAUGACCGCCACUCUGGUGGCCCGGAACUGUCUACCAGACAUUGGCGUGCCGUUCUGCGAGGACUACCAAGACUAUAUUCAACCCGCGACACCGUACGUGGAUCCCAAGCCUACUCUAACCAUCUCUGCCGAAAUUGAAUCGGACGGACGCAGACAGAGACACGUUUACGAUUCUUAUCCGCGCAGAGACGCGGUACAAGGUUUCUUCGUUGGGACAAGUCCGCAGAAGUUUGUGAUCAUCGAUUUCAAUUCUGCUCGAUCGGCUGUGAAGCUUCAGAGUGGAGAUGCCGAAGAUGCUGACAGGCCUGGAGUCACGAGUGUUUACUAUACGAUCAAGAAUCCAAGCCAGUCUGAGGAUUCCGAACUCGCGACAGACCUGUCGAAGAAGACUGAAGGCAACACGACAGGAUCGUCGCGGGUGCCAAGUGGUUCUGAGAGCAAUAACUCAGGUAUUGCUGACGGUUGGAGUAUAGGAGACGAAGAAGAGUCCAGCAGGGUCCCGAUACGUGUGCCGCGGUACGAAGGACCGGAUGUUCCUGCGCUGUCGGGCCUUUUCGAGGGGCUGGAGGACGGUGAGCGUAAGGAAUCCUUGAGGAGACCUAUGGGAAAGGAGUUUCCUGAGAAUGAUACUCCAGAUAUGGGUGACACUCGAUUCGGUACAGUUGAAGAAGAGGUUGACGAAGACUAUGUAGAGGUACCUGAGCUGACCGAACCGAAUUUUCCUGCUCUGGUGAGCCUCUUUGAGGGACUGGAAGACAACCAUCGGGAAAAAUCUCUGAUGAAACCUAUGAGAAAGUUGGAAGACUUGAAGAGACCAAUCGUGGAUAGCAAUCGCGGUAAUUCACUAGAACUACCUAAGGAUCAGGUAUCGAACGUUUCUGAAUCGUCUAACCUCUCCAAAGACCUGGAAGGUACCCAUCAGGAAUCCUUGAAGAAAUCUAUUGCAAAGCUGAAGAAUUUCGAGAGUAGUAGCUCAAAUUUAACUGAUGAUCACAGCGAUACAGUUAAAGAAGAGUCUUUGACAAUCCCACUGGAAGAAAUGAAGAAGACAUUAACGAUGAUGGAAAUCCCAUCUCGUGACAUUACCUCGAACGUCACGCAGGCGCCUGACCCUGUUCAAGAAAUAUCUUUGGCAGAACCUGAAGGAAACUUAGAGGAACCCGAAAGUAAGAACUCGUUCGUAGCUAAAGGAAGCAAAGUCCCAGUGGAAGAAAGAAAGAAAACAUCAACGGUGAUGAAGGUUUCUCAAAACAACACCUCAAACGAUGGACUGACGACACCUGAGCUGCCGAACACACAGCUGAAGCUACCUGACCCUGAAGAAACCAACACCGUAACUAACAAUCUAAACAGAACAGUUGGAGAAGAACCUAUCGAAGCACCACUGGAAGAAACGAAGAAUGCAUCAACGAUCCUAAACAGCUCCUCUAUUCAGAAGAUACCUGAAGAAGAAUCCACUGUCCCCCAGGAACCUUCAACAAAGCCUUUGAGGAACUCGGAGGGUUCCAAAAAUAGUAACUCCUCUUUCAGCCAGGAAAAGGACGAAAAGCUCUCCCAAGAAUCUCACGAAAACGCGACCAAGACGGAAACGUCGACAACCACUCCUCCCUCGCAGAAUCCACUCCACAAGUACGGUCAGAGAUCGAACAGAACGUCGACGAAGACUCCCACUAGGACACGAGUCAUAGGUCACAGGAACUACAGACCUGGACACAUGUUCCAUCGCAGGAAAGGCGCCAGUCCUAGAUUGAAACUGAAGCCCUCGGGUGGCAACAGUACUCGCGUCGGUGCAGUGAGAAGGAAGUACAACAAGUCUCGACUGGCGUGGGUCAAACCACGUCAAUGACGAUGGACGUUUCAUGAAUAUAUUCUAUGGUGAAAUCGAGAUUAUGACGGCGACCUCGAAUCCUGUUAGAACGAGCAAAAUCUGGAAAUAGAAAGGGUUGAAAACACCGAGUUGUUCGAAUUCUUGGUUGUUGAUCUAAAAUGGGGGACUGGUUUCGAAGUAGACCGAAGGUGAAUAGGUAUCUCAGUAUACUUUCCUGU